ACGUGCAGGUGGGAACGUUAAUCUGUGUCAUCGGAGAAGCUGGAUUGAUAUGUAAUGAAAGACUUUACGUGAGAGGUAAUUUGAUGUGGCAUCUUAGAACUGUAGUCUCUUAAAGGUGAAAGUCUAAAAAGAUAAUUUAUAGGCACUAUGUUCUUCAGAGCACAUCUGUGUCGCUAGCAAGCAUGCUGGCAAAACUGUAUUCUCUCAUGUCGUCUGGAAGAACUCAAGGCUUGUCGGGGGCUGUUCACUCAACCAUCAUGGUCAGCAUCAAGUAUGAGCAGCAGCAGACAGCUUAUGAAUUGGAUCGAUCGUGCACUGUAGCAGAGUUGAGAAACAAGCUGGCUCGUGAUUUCAUUAUCCCGCUGUCCGAAGUGAAGGUCAUUCUUGGUGGCAGAGUGCUAACAGAUGACAUGAGUAUUGAGGAUAUAGGUGUUGGCAUGGAGAGCAUAUUGUUUGCAAUCAGACACAGGGGUUCAGGGAGGUCUGAAGAUCAAGUGGAGGAACCAGCAGCACCCAGGGAAGUAGUAGAGGAGAGGCAAACUCUCCAUCGUGUGCCAGCUUUACCUGCAGUAGCAGAAAAUGCCCUACUGAAAGAUCAGUACUUUGUGUAUUGCAAGUUGUGUCGAGAAGUGAAACCAGGCCGACUACGUGUAAAAUGUAGCAUUUGUGGGGAUGGUGCUAUCCUUGUACAAGAGGAUCCAAGAAGGUGGGAGGAUGUGUUGAUGGCAGGUCAACUUUCAGCUACCUGCCAAUCUCUGCAGUGUCACGACUGUGUGCCAGUAUUUUAUUUCAAGUGUGCUGAGCAACACUUUGGUAAUCCUGAUCACACAGCAGUGGUGCUGCGGCAUAUCCGACCCAAUCGCCGCUGCAUACCUUGCAUCACAUGUGCUGACGUGCUGAGUUGUGUGGUGGUUUUUCCAUGUGCAGCAGCCCAUGUCAUGUGUCUUCAGUGCUUCAAGACGUACUGCUCUAUACGCCUAAGAGAGCGACAAUUUGUACAUAAUGUACAGUUCGGGUACACUCUUCCCUGUCCUGAACGCUGUCCAGAUUCUUUCAUUCAAGAGCAGCAUCACUUCUGUGUGCUGGAGCCUGCAGAGUAUGAAAGGUACAAGGACUUUGGUGUUGAGGAGUGUGUGAGGGCAGAUGGUGGCAUAUACUGCCCUCAGCCUUCCUGUGGUCAGGUAUUCCUUAUGGAGACUGAAGGAACCAGAGCUGUGUGCCCUUACUGCAAGUUUGUGUUCUGUCGACAUUGUGAAGAACAGGCGCAUGAAGGUGAUUGUGCCAAUAACUUGUCUGCAUCACAGUCUUUUCAGUUCAGUGACCCUCAACGAGCCGAGAGAGCUAGAUGGGAGCGACAGUCAGCCCACGAUAGAAACCACAACUAAAAGGUGCCCUGGUUGUGAUGUUCCUACGGAGAGGAAUGGUGGCUGCAUGCACUUGUUGUGCUCACGAUGUGGUGCAGAAUGGUGCUGGCUAUGUGUCAAAAAGUGGGACCGUCAGUGCCAAGGAGCACACUGGUUUGAUUGAGGCAUGUGAAAGCUUUGUCCAUAACAAAGACUUGAACAAAAUGUCUCAUUGCCCACUAAGACUCUUUGUGAUGGAAUUAUCAAGCUUUACAAGAGAGGGAGGGAAAGUUAUUUUUCUAUUUGUGUCCGGUGAAUAUAAGUAGAUGAUGUGGGUCUGACCUGAAGGGGGUAAUGAUUUAGUUGGUGCUUACGAAGAAUGACACUAAGUAAAUGUUAACCAAGUUAGACAUGAGAUUAUACCUUCUAAAGUAUAAGAAAUUUGAUCUACCUGUCUAUUGUGCAGAGAGGUAUAUAGCGUGUGUGUGUGUGUGUGAGAGAGAGAAACUGAAUGAUAAGUAUUUUUAAAAAAAGUGUAUUAAACAUUGUUUUAUAUAGAAAUUUAGUGACACUGCAAGCUUAUCUUAGGCCAGUACAUUUCAUGGGAUCCUGAAGCACAAAUCUAGGAUCUAAGCAUUUAGUGGUCUUUUUUCCCACACUGUGAUUUUGUUUCAGUUAGAAUUCUAUGCUGGAUACAUCACAUAUUCUAACUUAAAGUUGUCACCUGUUCAGAUUCCUGUAAGUCUCAUUUCUGUUGUGUCCUUUUAUAUUUAUCUGUUUUGGUUUUAUAGAUUUGUUAACGCAUUGUAAAGUUUGUCAGGAAACAAGAAUGAAUGUCUGUAUCACCCAGUGUCGUCUCACAAGAUCACUUAUUGCUUCUGAUUAGAAAGUAGUUGUAUCCUUUUUCUGUACCUCAGUUUCCAGAAAGUCCUUUUUGUACCCAGUGGUUUCCACUCACUGGAAGUAUAUUUCAAAACUGGGGGCUGUCAGAGCUUUAGUGAUACUCCAUAACACAAAACAUUUUUGUGUGCAUGUAGGAAAGCAGAAGAAAAUCCCUUAAAAACAACUAGCUUUUCAAAAAUGUGGUCUUAUACAUGUGUUCAUACUAAAAACUGCACAUUAAUUUCAUAAGUUUUUUCAAAUUUAAAUUUAAUUUUUACAAUAGUUUUUUAAAAAUAAUUUUUAAGUAAUUUUUUACGAAGAAUAUUCGGAACCCUGGAAAAAAUAUAUUAGAGCAAUCUGCAGUGUGAACAUAUUUCAACCAAGUGCUUUCUCCAGACUUUACAGGUUGUGUUUUAUAGAUUUACAACAGGGUGAAUGUUGAACAUGAAUUAUGUAUAAUCCAGUAUUUGAAACAUAAAGCAGAAUUUCACAGGUUUAAUUCAGAUAACAACUGUGUGUAAAAUAUUUACGGUCAAAUUUCCUGAGUAUGGCUCCCUUGUUAUCUUGAAAAACUGGUGAAAAAAUGUUUUCAAUGAUCUUGUCCACUUCUGCUGUCUUUGGUGCAAAUGCAGAUGAUCAGCUAUAUGUUGUUUAAAAAAAUGUGUGAUGGGCAUUCAAAAUUUUAUAUUUUCAUCAGCUGCGCUUUACAAACACAGAUGCAUGGAUGCACACUUUUUUAAGGCAUCAUCUCUUUCUGUGCCUUAUCUGUUUUCAGUCCUUGGGUGGACAUCAUGAGUUACAGAAAAUUGGGUGUAGAUGUGUCAGCUGGGCCUAUCCUAGGCUUGUUCCAGCAGGUCAUCCAUUUGGCAGCCUGGGUAGGCAUUAAAUGCAUCUUAAUGUUGUACAUGCACAUAAAACAGGCAGAAGGGGGGAAGCUGGAGUACUGGAGAAACUGCAGAUGGUAAACCCUGUAAAUAAAUGUUACAUGCAGAGAGAGGUUUGUCAGAGCUGAAAUACAAACCUGCAGCACUCAUUUCUCAUGGUCAUGGUGACAAGAACUUUAGUCACUCCACCACCAACCAUAGGCUGUACACUGUAUAGACUGCUAAUAAAUUAAUCAGAAUGAUCAAA